AUGGCACCUGCCCGGAGGAAAGGUGAGGCCUCUGCUGGAUCCCAGGGGCCAGCGCCUACUCCACACACCAAACAACGGCCGCCGCCAUCACCCUUCUACUUGCCACUCAACAUAACGCUCUAUCUCUGUGUCAUUACCAAUGGCAUUGCAGCGCUAUAUGCUCCAAUUCAGGAUUGCGAUGAAGUCUUCAACUUCUGGGAGCCGACUCAUUAUCUCGGUCAUGGAUACGGGCUCCAAACCUGGGAGUACUCCCCGGUCUACUCCAUUCGAAGCUGGCUGUAUGUCUCUACGCAUGCGAUGAUCGGUAAAAUUGGAUCUUUCGCUCUUAGCAGCAAGUCUUCCGAAUUCUACGUGAUCCGACUCUUCCUCGCGAUGGUAUGUGCGGCUUGCGAAACCCGACUAUACUCGGCCAUCUGUCGUACCCUAAGCCCCCGUAUCGGCCUCCUCUUCCUCAUGAUCGUUGCAUUCAGUCCCGGCAUGUUCCAUGCAUCGACAGCUUUUCUUCCGUCCAGCUUCACCAUGUACAUGUCUAUGUUGGGUUUGACAGCGUUUCUGGACUGGCGAGGGGGGCAGAAAACAGCGCAAGGGAUCAUGUGGUUCGGGCUCGGUGCGAUUGUCGGUUGGCCAUUUGCUGGAGCUCUGGUGAUUCCUCUUCUACUUGAGGAGGUGCUCAUUGGCUUCUUUUCGUCCAACGUCCGAGGAGUAUUCCUUGGCGUCCUGAAUGGUGCUAUUAGGUGCCUCGUGAUCCUGGCUAUGGAGGUAGCUGUUGAUUACGCUUUCCUGCGCAGACUUGUUGUUGUACCGUGGAACAUCGUUGCGUACAACAUCUUUGGCGGGGAGGGCAGAGGUCCCGAAAUCUUCGGAACUGAGCCAUGGACAUUCUAUAUUCGGAACCUGGUGCUCAACUUCAACAUUUGGUUUGCUUUCGCCAUGGCCGCUGCGCCUCUGUUGGCUCUCCAGGCUCUUUUCCGGCCCCGUGCGACCAGCGUGCAGACCUUGUUGAGAACUGUGACUCUCAUCACUCCGUUCUACAUGUGGUUUGCCAUUUUUACCGCUCAGCCCCAUAAGGAGGAACGGUUCAUGUACCCAGCAUAUCCGUUCCUUGCCCUCAAUGCGGCCAUCUCCUUCCAUAUGGUUCUGUCGUUCAUCGGCUCCAGCAACCCGCAGGAUCUGGUCGGACGCGUGUCCCCAAAGAUCAAACUUGCAGUGGUGAUGUCGGUGGUUCUUGUGGCCCUCAAUGCUGGCCUACUGCGAAUUGCCGGCAUGAUCAGCGCAUACAAUGCUCCGCUGAAGGUAUUCGCGCCGCUGGAGCAGCCAGGGGUUGCUCAGCCAGGCGAUUCGGUGUGUUUUGGCAAGGAAUGGUAUCGGUUCCCGUCCUCGUUCUUCCUUCCCAACGACAUGCGGGCCAAGUUCGUCCGCAGUGAAUUCCAAGGACUGCUUCCGGGCGAGUUUCCCGAGGCCGCCGGCUUCUCGGCUCUCUUUGAGGGAACCUCGCAGAUCCCAACGGGUAUGAACGAUCGCAAUGAGGAAGAUCCCGGCAAAUACGUCGACAUCUCGCAAUGCUCCUUCCUGGUGGACUCGGAAUUCCCGAGCCGGGAGGCAACCGAACUGGAGCCGGCUUACCUCCACAAAGACGCGCAGUGGGAGAAGCUGGCAUGCCAUAGCUUCUUGGAUGCGUGGCAGACGGAAUGGAUCCCAUCAGACUUCAAGCGACCUCCAGCGUCGCCCUAUCCCAACUGGGACGUCCACACGACGAAACCCAUCCCCUAUCGACCGUUUAGAUACGGGCCAAAGUAUUUCGUCACAAUGGGCCUGCGAAGUAUGAAAUGGGACGAAUGGAUCGAACUCGACAACCACUACCUCCGCUACCACGCCGACAAGGCCCGUCGCAUCCAAGAACGAGGCGACAAAUGCUGCAGGACAGCCCCCGAAGCCAUGGACGCCGCCAUCGAGCUCCUGGAAGAGCUCACCACCUACCUCCCCGAACGCUACCCCAGCAUGUUCCUCAAAACCCCCACGGGAAUAACCAACCUCAUCACCCACGAAACCUUCAACAUCACCCAACGCCCCCUCCCCGAAGACCCCAUGACGAUCUGCGCCCGCCUAGUCCAAGACGACCUAGCCAUCAUGCUCGAAAAGCCCGACGGCGAAUACUACCUUCUCGCGGGCGCCGUCCUCCUCGCCGGCUUCUGGCGCCUUGAAGACAAAUACCAAAUGCGGCUCUCCGAAAUCCACACCUCCGGCUCCGUGCCCCAAUACAAAGAAAAGCUCGAAAAGGGAAUGAUGAAUUUCUUCCGUCGGUUAAAACCCGAAGACCCUGUCCUCCGGAAUAACUAUUUCAUUCAAGUGGAUGAUAAUCUCGCCUGGUCGCAUAGUAUUGGGUCCGAGGACUCGGAGGAUGUGUCGUGGAGUACGGCGGAGAAGAACAAGGCGAUUAAUCAUCAUUAUUUCAGAUCGGAGAGACAGUCGUUAAGGAGGUUGCCGAAAACAGGGGCCGUGGUGUUUACCAUUCGGACGUAUUUUGAACCCGUCACGGCGAUUGCGGACGAGGAUUAUGUUCCGGGACGUUGGGGGGAUGAUGAGAAGUAUGAGGAGCAUGAGGAGCAGGUGAUGAGGGGGUUGGAUGUGGAGGGCGAGGAGGUGAGGAAGUAUCCGUUUUGA